AGAUGUACAUGGAGAAUGACCGAAAAAUCCAAUGGUGUGAAGAGCUCUCUAGCUAAUAAUCAUAACCAUCACCCUCCUCCUACCAUCAAGGCCAAUGGCAAAGAUGACCACAGGACGGGUAGCAGACCACAGUCUGAGGCGGCUGAUGAUGACACUUCCUCAGAACUGCAAAGGCUGGCAGAGAUGGAUACCCCACGGAGGGGGAGAGGUGGCUUCCGAAGGAUUGUCCGCCUGGUGGGGAUCAUCAGAGACUGGGCCAACAAGAAUUUCCGUGAGGAGGAACCAAGGCCUGAUUCCUUCCUAGAGCGUUUCCGUGGGCCUGAGCUUCAGACUGUGACAACACAUCAGGGGGAUGGAAAAGGCGACAAGGACGGUGAAGGAAAGGGCGCCAAGAAGAAAUUUGAACUGUUUGUCUUGGACCCAGCUGGAGACUGGUAUUACCACUGGUUGUUUGUCAUUGCCAUGCCUGUUCUUUACAACUGGUGCCUGUUGGUGGCCAGAGCCUGUUUCAGUGAUCUACAGAGAAACUAUUUUGUGGUAUGGCUGGUGCUGGACUACUUCUCAGAUACUGUCUACAUUGCAGACCUCUUCAUUCGACUGCGCACAGGCUUCCUAGAACAGGGACUCCUGGUCAAAGACCCCAAGAAAUUACGAGACAACUAUAUCCACACCUUGCAGUUCAAACUGGAUGUGGCUUCUAUCAUCCCCACUGACCUCAUCUAUUUUGCUGUGGGUAUCCACAGCCCUGAGGUGCGCUUCAACCGUCUGUUACACUUUGCUCGUAUGUUUGAGUUCUUUGACCGCACUGAGACACGCACCAGCUACCCCAACAUCUUCCGAAUCAGCAAUCUGGUCCUCUACAUUUUGGUCAUCAUCCAUUGGAAUGCUUGCAUUUACUAUGCCAUCUCUAAAUCCAUCGGCUUUGGGGUUGACACCUGGGUUUAUCCCAAUAUUACUGACCCUGAGUAUGGCUACCUGGCUAGGGAGUAUAUUUACUGCCUUUACUGGUCCACAUUGACCCUCACCACCAUUGGAGAGACACCACCCCCUGUAAAGGAUGAGGAGUACCUCUUUGUCAUCUUUGACUUUCUGAUUGGUGUCCUCAUCUUUGCCACUAUUGUGGGAAAUGUGGGCUCCAUGAUCUCCAACAUGAAUGCCACACGAGCAGAGUUUCAGGCCAAGAUUGAUGCUGUCAAACACUACAUGCAGUUCCGAAAGGUCAGCAAAGAGAUGGAAGCCAAGGUCAUUAAAUGGUUUGACUACUUGUGGACCAAUAAGAAGACAGUAGAUGAACGAGAAGUCCUCAAGAACCUGCCAGCAAAACUCAGGGCUGAGAUAGCCAUUAAUGUCCACUUGUCCACCCUGAAGAAAGUACGCAUAUUUCAGGAUUGUGAGGCUGGCCUGCUGGUGGAGCUGGUACUGAAGCUUCGUCCUCAGGUCUUUAGCCCUGGGGACUAUAUUUGCCGUAAGGGGGACAUUGGCAAGGAAAUGUACAUCAUCAAGGAGGGCAAGUUGGCAGUAGUAGCUGAUGAUGGUGUGACUCAGUAUGCCUUGCUCUCAGCUGGAAGCUGCUUUGGAGAGAUUAGCAUCCUUAACAUUAAGGGCAGCAAAAUGGGCAAUCGGCGUACUGCCAAUAUCCGUAGUCUGGGCUACUCAGAUCUCUUCUGCUUAUCUAAGGAUGAUCUUAUGGAAGCUGUGACUGAGUACCCUGAUGCCAAGAAAGUCCUAGAGGAGCGGGGUCGGGAGAUCCUUAUGAAGGAAGGUCUGUUGGAUGAGAACGAAGUGGCAGCCAGCAUGGAGAUAGAUGUUCAGGAGAAGCUGGAACAGCUGGAGACAAACAUGGAGACAUUGUACACUCGCUUUGCCCGCCUGCUGGCUGAGUACACCGGGGCCCAGCAGAAGCUCAAGCAACGCAUCACAGUGCUGGAGACCAAAAUGAAACAGAACCAUGAGGAUGAUUACCUAUCAGAUGGGAUAAACACCCCUGAGCCAGCUGCUGAUGAAUAG